CGUUUCAUCCGGUUUAUGCCCCCGCUAAACCCUAGUGGCCUAGCCCCGCCGCUGAAGAAGAACAGAGAAAAACCCCUUCAAAUACGCCACUUGAAAACCUACAACCACACUCAUAUAAAUCCGCCUCUAUAUUUUCCUCUUUCCAUCAAAGCUAUGAAAUUCCCCUGCUCGCCUUCCCUCCCCAACUUCUGUUCCCUUGUUGUUUUCUCUUGCGAUGGUGGACUUCUUUUCCAGACCCACCAUUGAAGAGGACCCCAACAAUCCAGCUUCCCCUCCUCCCCAUACCAGCGAAAAGGAGUCCCUCGGCGACCCCAAGCUCGUUGAUUUGUCUUUGGCCGAUUCAUUCCUCGAUUUCGACUCCAUCAAGGAGCUGUUUGAGGAUAACUUGCUGCUGGAUGCCACUAGCUUAGACAAGGUGGAUAUUCGGGAGUUUGAGCAUAUGUUGGGGAUGGAUUGUGAAGUUCCUACUGUUGGUGAGCGAAUGGUGGAUGGGUCUCAUUCAGUUUCUGUUGAUACUCACCUGAUUGAAGCAGGCUCGGAUUACAGGGGGCAGGUAAAGAAGGAACCUUUGGAGUUGCAGAGUGGGGAUAGUCUUCGCCGCUCUAUAGAGGCGGAAAUAGGAAGAGUAAGUUUGGUUGGCAAUGGCGAUGACGAUGGGGUUGUUGAUGUGAAGUGUGAAGCAGAGAUAAGGGAGGCACAUGCGGAGAAGGAAUUUCUUAGCUCUGUAGCGGUGAAGAUCGAGCCAACCGGUGAUGGCGUGGAGGCUCCUAAUGUUGGCAGCUUGAUCAGCUGCCCGAGCUCUGCCGUUGAUACUGGGGGUGGUGUGGUCAGUUUUACGAAUGGCGUUGAAGGUGAUUCGGAUUCUGACGGCGAAAGUAGCUCGUCAGAUUCUAGCUCAUCAUCAUCAUCAUCCGACUCUAGCAGCAGUGAUGACGAGGAAGUGGAGGAGAAAAAGGAUAGUUCGAUUCUGAGAAGGGACCUUAAGUUGGAGGUGGUAAAGCAAGUGACUGAAGUUGAGAUUGCAGAGGGUGAGAUGGAAGAGGGUGAAAUAAGAGAUGGUUAUGGAGAUAAUGUGGUAGGUGGAGGUGAAGAUAAAGAUGAUGAAGAUGACGAGACCGAGACUGAGGUUGAGGUUGAAAAAAUGGUGGAAUGGAGUGAUGUUGAUGAUGAAGAUGAUGCCGAUGUUGGUGUUGAGAAGGGCCCUAUUAGAUCAAAGAACGAACUGCAGGUCCUACCACAUGUUCCUCCUGUCAAUGCUGUGCUGCUACCCCAUCAUCAGCCACAACCUGUUGGACUUAUCUCAUCUGUUCUUGGUACACAAGUCAUUGUAGAAGGGGCUGAGAAGCACAACCCUCUGAAUGAGGGUUCUAUCCUUUGGUUAACUGAGAAACGAUCUCCACUCGGGCUGAUAGAUGAAAUAUUUGGACCUGUGAAGAACCCAUUUUAUAUAGUGAGAUUCAAUUCUGACAGUGAGGUUCCCGAGGGCAUUUGCGAAGGUGCUCUAGUCUCCUUUGUUCCUGAGUUUGCUGACUUUGUCCUGAGUGACCAAAGCCUGUACAAGAAAGGAUAUGAUGCAUCUGGUGAGAAUGAUGAGGAACUGUCCGAUCCGGCCGAGUUUUCAGAUGAUGAGAAAGAGGCAGAGUACAGGAGGAUGCAAAAAAUGGCGAAGAGGGGUAUGAAUAAUGGCCAGGAAGUUGUCAACAAUAAGAAAAGGAAUAAAAAGAAGGUUGAAGAUAGGCAAGAAAGGGAUUGGAACAACAAUACCACCAAUAACAGCAACAGUAAUAGUAACAACAACAAACCUCCAUGGCGGCAACCUCGAAUGGACACUAAUCAGAAUCCACACAAUGGAAAUAAGUAUAAUCUGCCUCCAGCUCCAGCUCCAGCUCCACCGAGUAAUAAUGGAAAUGCUUUUGUUCCACCCUUCCCGCCAAUGUUGCAGCAGCAGAACCCUGGCCAUUUCCCUGGGAGUUGGCCGAAUGGGGUAUUUCCUCAACAUCAACAGAAUCCAGCAGCGCCAAAUUUUGGUGGUUUCCCUCCUCUUCCUGGUAACAUUCAGAAUGCACUGCAGAUGGUGAUGCAGCACAUUAUGCCAUUUCCGCAGCAGUUCAACCCUGGCCAGGGGUCCCUUCCUGCAAAUGUAAUGCCAUCAGGGCAGCCACCCAAUUUCUUCCCUGGCCCUGGUUUCAUGCAUUGGCCAGCAGCAGCAGCACCUGGAGCAGGAGUUAUGAACCAAGGUUGCUUCAACCAAUCACCAUUUGGGAUAGGCUUUCCACCUCAACCAACCAACCCAGCCAUGAACAUGGGAGACCAAGGAAUGAGGGAUGUUAAUGGCAGCGUGCAAUCAUCGUCAAACAAUUAUGGUAACACCAGUCAGUCUCCUCCUCCCCAGAGACCUGGAAAUAGUCUCAGCAGCCAGCCACCUCAGAAUUUCAACGUUGGUGGAAUGGGCUUUCUGCCUCAACCAACCAACCCAACCAUGAACAUGCGAGACCAAGCAACGAUGGCUGUUAAUAGCAGCGUGCAAUCAUCAACCAACAUCACUGGCAGCACUGGUCAGUCUCCUCAGCAAUCGGGAAAUAGUUUCGGGAGCCAGCCCCGUCAGAAUUUCAAUGUGGGUUCUGGUCGCGGAAGGAAACCUUUUCAUCGCAGAGGUGGUCGGUUUGGAGGCAGGGGAGGUAGAUAGUCUCACCUGACUGACUAUGUUCAUUGUUGUAAGAUCAUGGCUAGUAGUAGUAUUUGUUAUUUUACUUUUAUUGAGAACCUAGUGCUUUUUAUUUUUGAAGUUAUCAAUGACUCGAGUUUUGGCUGUAAACAAACUCUGGCUUGAAGUGUUCCAUUUUGUAUAUGGUUUCCUCUCUCUUCAGCUCCUGUUUAUUGAUGAGAAGCGCAUUCAUUCAAUCAUGUUGCUACACUGUCUGUCAGUUGGAACAGCUCUGUGGCCGAGUUUUGUGAUUUGUUUUACAGGGACGAAUUGCCUCAUGUCGAAUUCG